CCCCGUCCUAGUCGCUCGAUGAUUGGCCACGCGGGUCGCGGUCCAGGGUCCGAGCGGCUCUGAAGGGGUCGCUCUGGCAAAUGCGCCCUAGGCGCAAAGUUCCCGUCUUGUGAUGCAUGGGCCGGUGGUGUGGCCGGUAUGCUCCUCAACUUCUCCCCGAGUGGGACUGACCUUUCUUGUGAGCUGCGGGACAGUCUCCGGGCAAAACUCCCUGGGCACGCCCCAUGGUCAUGCUCCGGUUCCUCAACCUCCAGCAAGGUGCUGCGUGUGCCCUAGGAUGGGACCGCGUGCACCGGUACAGCGACCUGAUCUCUGUCCGGGGGCCUGGGGCUUCAGUGAUGAGACCAGCCGGACAGCUAGUGCGUUCUGCGGGGAUGCGGCUGGGACAACGCGGAGAGAGCCCGGUGCGGGGAAACGCUGUGUCAUUCUCCGAAGCUGAGCUCUCCUCCCAAGGGUCCCAAGUGCGCCCCAGUCCUACUUGCGCUGCUCCCGGCCGCUGCGCAGCGCUGGCCCCCAUCCACACCCGCUUGGGCUCUUCAGGGUGCACCGUGACUAUGAUUAACCUUACUUGGGGACACGCCAACCCAAGAAACCCGGGUAUCACUAACUCGGCCAUGGAACCGGAGGUCCAGGUCUGUGAGCCAGGAGCAUGGGAGCUUAGUUAUUACGCCGCAGACCCUCAGACUGCUUCCAGAGCUGAAGUGACCCUGGGCUUGCCAGGAGUGGGGACAGCAGAUGUGCUAGAGAAAACUUUGAAGGAAGAAAGAAAAUGCUACAAAGACAUCCUUCUACGGUCGCUUCAGGCACUUCUUGGACAUCAUCGAUCCUCGAACACUCUUUGUCACUGAGAAACGUCUCAGAGAGGCUGUGCAACUGCUGGAGGAUUACAAGCAUGGCACCCUGCGCCCAGGAGUUACAAAUGAACAGCUCUGGAGUGCACAGAAAAUCAAACAGGCUAUCCUACACCCGGACACCAACGAGAAGAUCUUCAUGCCUUUCAGAAUGUCAGGUUACAUUCCUUUCGGGACGCCAAUUGUGGUGGGACUUCUCUUGCCUAACCAGACGCUGGCAUCCACUGUCUUCUGGCAGUGGCUGAACCAGAGCCAUAAUGCCUGUGUCAACUAUGCAAACCGCAAUGCUACCAAGCCUUCACCUGCAUCCAAGUUCAUCCAGGGCUACCUGGGCGCUGUCAUCAGUGCUGUUUCCAUUGCUGUGGGCCUUAAUGUGCUGGUUCAGAAAGCAAACAAGUUCACUCCAGCUACUCGCCUUCUCGUGCAGAGAUUUGUACCCUUCCCUGCAGUAGGGAACAACCGUGAUGGAGGACUCUGCCGCAGGAAGGAGUGGGAUGCAAGAGAGUCUGUCUCCAGUGCCAAUAUCUGCAACGUGGUCCUGAUGCGAUAUGGGGAGUUAGAGGAAGGAAUUGAUGUCCUGGAUGCUGAUGGCAACCUCGUGGGCUCCUCAAAGAUUGCAGCCAGACACGCCCUGCUGGAGACAGCUCUGACACGUGUGGUUCUGCCUAUGCCCAUUCUGGUGCUUCCUCCAAUCGUCAUGUCCAUGCUGGAGAAGACAGCUCUCUUGCAAGCACGCCCGCGGCUACUCCUACCUGUGCAUAGCCUCGUGUGCCUGGCAGCCUUCGGCCUGGCCCUGCCGCUGGCCAUCAGCCUUUUCCCGCAGAUGUCAGAGAUUGAAACCUCCCAAUUGGAGCCUGAGAUAGCCCGGGCUACCAGCAGCCGGACAGUGGUGUACAAUAAGGGGCUGUGAGUGAAGACCAGCCGGCCUGGGCACACAGCACUAUCCAGGCCGGGCGUUCGGGGUGGGGAGAGAAGUCUCUUGAGCUGUCUCUGCAAGGAGGGGCUGCCUGGAAAGCAGCCAACCUCCGUCAGUAGGGAGACUAACCAUUCACAUUUUAACAUAGGGGAGAGGAAUUCUGACACAUUUCCUACACAAAAAGAAUCAAGUGCAUCUCUGGGCCUUACAUGGGGUCAGCUAAACUCCACUCAGCACAAUUUCGUGUGAGCUAAAGAACUGUAGAGUGCUUCUGGGGUAGAAGUAGUAUCCUUUUAUAUGUUCUUUUUUUUUUUUUUUUCGGUUUGUUUUAAUUUUUUUUUUAUUAGAAGCAAGUCUGAGCCUUGGUUGCAGCUGACCAAAAGUAGCAGGACAGGUGGCGGGAGCCAGAGGAGCAUGGGAACUGGUUUGCAUUGAUGGGAGGGGAGUAUAAUGGUUAGGCCUGGUGGGCCCCUCGGGUUAGAGAAGGGAAGGGAAGGGAGGUGGUCUGCACCCCACAGGAUGAACCAAGGUUUUUGGGAAUUGGCUUUCUCUAUCAAAGAGCACUAGAGACCCCUUGGAAGAUUCCGGGAACACCAGGCUCUGAAUGUACCCAGCUCCUACCCACCCCACAGCUGAGGGAAAGUCAGAUGACCCCAGGCACGGGUCAUCUUUCAUGGAGCUCUUAUUGAUUCCAGGUCCCUGAGAGUAGCCCAGCUCUAGUCAGGGAUCCCCAAGAAGCAACACUGUUCUGUGGGAACAAGGAGAGAGGAUCCUGCCUGGGCUUUGCAGGAGGGUUCUUUUCCACAAGUAGCUAGAGUUUCCUACGGGGACAAAGGUGGGCUGAGCCCACUGUGGUCCAGUCUGCAGCCACUGAAGCUGUCACAACCCACACCUUUCUGCAAUAGAGGAGUCUCCUGCCUGAGGGUGCAAGGCCGGAUCCUGAGGGUGCAACUGCCUGAGAGGUCGCCUCAGCAAUGGACAAGCCACCCACAUCUCCGAGCUUCCAUUCCCUGCCUGGAAGCGAAGGACUGAACUUGGGUUCCCCACAAGCCUGGGGCUCCUCUCUACCUGCUUCACUCAGAUGUGCACAUUCCAGGCAUCUCAAAGGUGGAUUCUGGACUGGAAAGUGCAUCAGGCCAUUCUGGAAAUGGCCAGCACUUAGCCUACAAAAGCACCUUGUCCUUCUGUGUGGACUCCCCUACAUCCUAAAAAACCUUGACUUGUGCCAAACCCUUCCUGGCUGUGGAGGAGGCAGUAUGGAUGCCUGAGCUGAGCUUAGGGGUCACACGGCAUGCCCUUCCUCACUGCUGCAGACUUGGGGCCUCUUGCUGCUGGCUCCAUCUCGUCACGUGUAGGCCACAGAGGAAGAGAUAGCUCUACCUAAGGAGGCAGGGUCUGGGUGAGCUGAACAGGGUGACUCCUGGUCCAAAGGACCCACAGAGAGGAGAUACACUGAUCUCUACACAGCCCUCAUCUGUCCACCCUAGGAUGGGAACCCUGGCUCAUGACCCUGGAAUCUGACACAGGAGGGGUCAGGCUGAAGAUCAACAUGUAUGGUUGCAGAAAAAGGCUGGCGCGAGGCAGCAAGGACAAGGUCACAGGUUCCCUGCCAGCAUCUUAAGGCAGGUGUAGCUGUAGCAAGAUGGGCUGAGCAUGGGUAUUGGGCUCCAGGCCUUGGCUGGACACUAGAUCUGUUUGCUGAAGCCUCUUUUGAAAAGUUCAUUCUCAGCUUUUUUUUUUUUUUUUUUUUUUUUUUUUGUCCCCACUUGUCCUGGAGCCUUGUCCUUAUGCAUUUAUCUUGGGACCAAAACCUCCCUCCCCCAGGCCUGCCUGCUCCAGAGGUUCUUCCAGCUCGCCCUCUGUGCUGGCUGUCCCCAUGGCCUCAGUACCCCUCGUAGGUGUGUUUUGUGUGUGGAGUGAUUUCUGCCAUGCUCCAAUACACCCUGAGCCCAGGUGAGCUGAGGGGGCAACUCCUUUGGAUUUGCUGUGACAGAUGGUCCUUGUGGCCCACAGUGAUGGUGGCUGAGCGUCUUGAGCCAUGCUGUUAAACCCUGUUUUGACUUCAUAAAAAUCCAUAAGGGAAGCUUUCUGUGAAUGCAAAUGUCCCUAUUUGCUGAGGCUAGGGGACAGAAAGAGGCCUGGAGGAAAGGGGGCAAAUUACCUCUCGUUGGGUGUGGUUUUUCCAGCAGUCAGGGCAAAUCUACAGCAGGCUCUCCAGCUCUGAUGUUCCUGGCCAACUCUCCUCUGAUAACUUUUAAACAUUCCCUGAAGGAUGCUCUUCCAUCUCUGGAAAGCAAUUUGGGAGUACAGGAACCAAAAGUCCAAGAUGCCAAAUGGCCACCGAACCAAGAUGUCUGCACUCUGUCUCAUUUCCUAAUUGUGGCUGUCUUAUGAAAGUCUCUGGUCUGGGGAAGGGUGGGGCACUGAGGAGAGGGGCCAGUGGGAGGCAGGUCCAUGCUAAGCUUCCAGCCUUGGGCAGGUAUGAGUGAGGCUCAACACGUAUGCCUCAGCAUACCUAGGGACUUCAGACUUUUUAACCUCAGAAAAUGUCUCAAUGUAUGUGAUUUAUGUCAUACUAACGGGCUGUGGGCAAUAAACAUGAAUUUAAAACACA